GUUGCUUAAGAAACAGGAUGUCGGAAAUUCCUGAUUACACUCGCAAUGUGUCACUCAGACUGUCUAAAGUACUUGAUGAGAUAGGAGUGAACGAAAGAAUGGUCAUGAAAAGAAGGCGACUAUGGCUAAUGAAAGAAUCAAUACAUACGAUAGGACAACGAUUAAUACAUGAAGAUGUAAAUGUGUAUUCCUUAGGUAGUAGAAUAGAAGGCACUACAACCCCUGGACUUAGUUCUGACUCAGAUACACUUUUCAAACACCCCAGGUAUAGUGUUAUACAAGACUGGAGUGAAUGGGAACCUGGUAAACAAAACCUGUUAAUGAUACAGGAUGAUACUGUAUCACCAGGAUAUUGCUUAUUACAGAUACUGAGAAAUGAUGCUCCACUUCCAGAAGAUAAUGUGUAUGAUCAGUACUCGUAUAGAGAUAGAAUAGGAAGAGUACUAUUUAAGAACGCAAUAGUCAAUAGCAUACCUGGUGGUGAAUAUGUUAGACAUGGACCAGCACAAUCAUUGGAUGAAAUUCCUGGUUGCUAUGGUCAUGACAUUGUCCUUGCAAUUAGUUGUCAACAGUGGCCAUUGCAAGCUAGACAAUGGAUUGCUCACCAACGUGAAGGUCAAUGGCCUACAAAUGAUAUGAAACAGUAUUUUAAAACUAUGGGGUGUUUCGUUGUCGGAGUUGGAGCCAAAGGCAGUGGAAAUGAAGAGCUUGAAUGGAGAAUAUCCACUUCCCUUGCCGAGCGAUAUUUAAUGUUUAAUCUGAAUAUAACACAAAUCAGAUGCUAUGUCCUAAUGAAAUGAUUUUAAAAUCAUUUAUAAAUACACAAUGCCCUGACAGCAUUUCAAGUUUUAUGUGUAAAACAGUCAUGCUUCAUUGUAUUUCAAGUACAGACAACAACGCUUGGAACGAAAACAACUUGCUUAUCUGUCUGAAUUACUGUCUGACAAAGCUUUACAAUUGUGUUUUAAAUGAUUAUUGCCCACAUUUUAUCAUCCAAGAGAACAAUUUAAUGGCAAGACGUUUUACUCCAGUGACAAAACAAGUCAUACUAGAUACACUCUCUUACAUAAUAAGCAGUAACGGAAGUGCAUUACUUGAAAUAGAAUGUGAUCAACUUGGUUUCAGAAUUCAAAACACUUUUUGGAGGUUAGUAGAGAUUGUUCCUGAAGAUAUGUCUUGUAAGAUUUCAGGCACCCUCGUAAGAGGUUUUGUUUUUCUUGUCAAUGAAUUUCUCUUGGUUGUCCUUAACGAUACGAAUAAAAUCUGUCAUAUAAGAGUUCUAUUGCAGACAUUAUAUAAAUACCUGAUGAAAUCCACUCAUUAUAUGAAUCAAGGGCAAAAUAAAUUAGCAUGUAGUGCAUUGGCUAAAUUUCUCAGCAUGCAUUUAGGUUCCGCUCUAG